AUGUCUCUAGACUGGGGAGGAGGAUUGUUUGGGUCCGGGAGCGCACUGGACGAGCUGCAGCGCGUUGGAACGCGGUCACGUGAACUUCCACGUGACGAGUCCGAUAUGGAGCUUUCCGAAGGUUCUGAUCUAUCCAUGUCUGCCGAAGAGGAUGAGGGGGAGGGGGAGCGGGGAGGUGAGGAGGUAGAACCGACCAGCGAUCCCAUGACCAACCACGUGACCCAGAUGUGCGACCUGGAUAAUCACAUGACGCGCUUCCCGUCGCCGGCGGCGGAGGAAGAUGACUUCAUUGCGGAAAUGUUGAGAGCCAACGAACCCAAAGACUUGCCAGCUUCUGCCGCCUCCGCCGCUCCGUCACGUGAUAUGCCACGUGACCGCACUUCGCCCACCCGAUACAUCACGCUCUACUCCGGAAUGACCCUUUCGCGAGCGAAAAAGUACAUCAAAACGACCCGGCUCCGAACAAUGCAACAGGAGGAGGAAUCGCUGAAGAACCACUACGGAAUCGAUGUGAGCGGCAUCAGACAGAAGCUGGUGGGCCAAAAAUUCGACAGCAGCGAAACUUGCAAUACGCCAAAUCCUACCGCUGGAGAUACCGGAAAUACCCGCCCGAAAACGGCAUCUUGCGAUACGUCCAAAAUUCCGGCAGACGCAUUCAGCGAUUCGAGACAUCGUGCGGGUCUGCUCGUGUCUGGAAUUGGGUCACGGGACGGCCACCUCUGGGUGGAAAAACUGCGGCCGCAAAAGCUGCUGGAUCUGAACGGCCAUUCCGACCGCCACAAGGACAUUUUGUACUGGCUGAGUGAAUGGAACUCCUUCAUUUUCCAGACUCCGUCGCAGGCGGUGCAAUUCAAAGCCAAGCAGCGGGAAAAAUGGCUUAAAAAAAGCGGACGAAUCGAAGAUGCUGUCCACGCAGGAUCACGUGGGGUCUACGAGGAGCGCGAGGCACGUGACCGCCCCCAGAAGCGGAUCCUGCUUGUGCACGGCGAGCCCGGAACCGGAAAAACCACCGCCUGUGGGGUUUUGGCCCGGAAUUUGGGGUUCAACACGCUGGAGAUGAACGCGUCUGACGACCGUGGCAGCGAAGCGUUCCGACGGGGCGUUUUGGGUCCCAUGAGAACCCACUCCGUCACUUCCAAAGACCGUCCUAACUGCGUGAUUCUCGACGAGAUUGACGGAGCGGACCCAAUCUUCAUCGACAAGUUGGUCAAGCUCGUGCAGCGCGACGAAAAGGAGGAGUUAUGGCAUGAGCGGAAAAACAGACAUAAAAAGACCAGCGCCAAAGACAAACUCAACACCCUCAUCAGCCGACCCAUCAUCUGCAUCGCAAACAACCUCCACGGGUUGCUGUACAAACUCCGGCCGCAUUGUCGAAUCGUCAACUACGGCCGACUGUCGCCAGCUCAAUCGCUGCGAAUCGUGCAAAACGUGUUUCGAACGGAGAUGAAGCUGCAAAAACUCACCUCCAAACAAAACAGAUUCCUGGCAGACAUCUGCAACUCCACCGACGGAGACAUUCGACAAGCCAUCAACAUUCUGCAGUUUGGAACCCCCGAGGCCGACACGGCCAAUCUGGUGGACAAGUCGGCGCUGUGGAACAACAUUGUCAGUUCACUCUUCAGUCACGUGCCCGUGGGCAAAGACCGGGCUAACCACGUGGAAAACUUGUGCCAGAGAUCGCUGCGAUGCGGAGAAUGGAAUAAACUUGUGUUUGGAGCCUUCUCAGCCUACAUCACGUGCCUUUCGGGAGCAGGCAACCUCACCCAACUCACCAACAUUGCCAAACUCGAUGACUGGUACCACCUGUACGACCUCGCCAACACGCUGGGGUCCCGCGACAGUUACCACCCGUAUACGCUCGCGGCCUUCUCGCUGAUGUUUGGAUCCACCACCAAAAACCACGUGACCAACGUCGAAACCGACUACUCCCUCACCAACCAGACUCAGACCCAAAAGCUGCGUCUCAACGACAUCUACAGCAACAUUCCCGUCGAACUAAGGCGGUAUCUCAACAAAGAAACGCUGCUAGAUGAUCUGGGAAUGUUCCUGGACACUAUGACCCGACAACAGAGAGGAGUCACCCCGGAACAAAUGGCGUCUCUCGCAGAAUCUCUCACCUCCCUGGGAGUGUCCCUCAAGAAGGAGAACGUGUACAAUGAAAUCUCCUCCAAGAGGGAAGACGUGUACGUGUUUGUGCCGCCGGUGUGCGACCUGUCACGUGCCCCGGAUGGCCAGCCCCGGGACACAAACUCCGUGUUCCUCGAGUCCCUUUACAAGAUCCUCACCCCGGACCCGACCCUCAAGCGGCCAGGCGAAUUUUCCCAGGUGCAACCCAACAAGAGACACGUGGCGGCACAUGAUCUGGCACGAGACCCGGAUCCGAGGACGCGCGGCGGGCCCCCGCCAUCUUCGUCAACGGCAAAAAAGCCAUCCAAGUCGUCCACCCUGCUGGACUUCUUUAUCAAGGAAACGGUCGAGAUCACGCCGUCGCAGGUGGUCCGCAACGAGGCCAAGGAGCAACAAGACACGCUGAACACGUGGGUGUCGUACUUUGAGGGCUACUCCAACGCUGUCCGGCGGGACCUCACCUGGGAGCAGUUGUGGAUGGAGUAA